CGAGAAUUCUCGAGCUUGAAGUAGCUUCCGCAUCACCGAUGGCGGCAUUCGUAGCUUCCACUUCCGAGGAGACGAUAUUCGUCGACCAUUCUUUGCCAUGAGUUUUCGUGGAGACUUCCGUUGUCGGCAGAUGAUUCGUUGUACCGGAAGGUAACUCGGACGGUCUCAACUGCCGGAGAACGACUCUCGGCUGAAGAAGAAGCAGUCUUUGGUUCACGAUCCUCUCCUGAUCCAGUUCUUGCACAUCUUCAUUUUCAGCGGUCCGCCUCCUUAUACCACGCCGGUGAUGAUGAUGAUGAUGAUGAUGAUGAUGGUGAUGAUGACGAUGAUGCUUCUGCUUCUCUCCCUCGUUAUUCGUCGUGGCAACAGCUGGUGUUGCCGUAGGGAUGACGGUGGUCCGUGGUAUCGACCGCCAUCCUUGUGCGGUUUUGGUUCGUCGGGGUCUGGAUCUGGAUCCGGAGGGUCCACCGGUUCUGGGGCCCGACGAUGUCGCUUGUGGUGCAGGCGUCGCGGGCGUUGCGCCGCCGUGCCCCUGGUCGGGGCCCCGCUCAUUGCGCCAUUAGACCCGGGGCACCGAUCCUCCUCCUUUUUCUUCUGGUUCCUCUUCUUUUGUAAGGACGCACGCGCUUGGUUUACAAUCAGCGGCGUCGCGGUCCUUUAUACUCAAUAAAGGCUUGUUGAACUGAGAUGAAGGAAUAAUUAUGACGUGACCGAGCACGAAAUGGAAAAAAAUAAAACGCAACGUUCACAACUGACUUUGACCGGAUGUGUCUGGGCCCAAGAAUAUAUAUGUAUAAGGUUUGCUUCGAGUCCGUUGCACACUGCAACACUGAAUCGCCGAAGAGUUUUGAAUAAAAUAUGAAACGUCGCAGAGGCAGUAGCUGCACUACACCUGUGCCAAAUUAUCCCACGAAUACGAGUUAUAUGAGCCGUGUUGCGCGGAUCGACCACGGUGGAUGUAGACGAUAAUGGACAUUCCGUAUGUGCGUCGUUUUGCCUCUCCUGAGCUGAUUGAUGACCAUAAUUAUUACGCAUUUAUUUACGUCCUGCACUCUGAUCUGCUGCUGAUGCUGCUAACUGAUUCUGCAACAGCCUUACGCCUGCAUCCAAUGUCAAAGACACUUUGCAUAUAGGCAUUCAAUUAAAAUGCGCAUUCGAAUACAGAAUGUAGUCCAGCUGCUUUUCUUCAAAUCCCCAAAGAUGGGCUCUAAGCCAGAGGUUGAUAUCCCCAGGAAGUCUGCAUCCGAGGAAUAAAUCAAAAAACUUGACCCAAAAUGACGCGUACAGGGGUGUUAUGGAGUUCAUUCGGUAGCAAUGUCGAGUCUAUCGUCUCUUCGUACAAUUCGAGCUGGUUCAUCGUCGGAAAAUGUUGUCCGAUUGGGCAGAUCUUGCAACCCAAAAAUGACGGAGGACCGGCACAGUGUGAAAUUCCGAAUACAAAGGUUGUCUUUUCGCCAUUUUUCACCAAAUACAACGAAACCGGGAUGAUCCUACCGCCUAAAACUUCCGCGCAAUUUAUCGCCAUUGUUGGUAAUCCUUGCAAAUAUGAGAGAUAUGCGUUGGAGCCAGAGGCAGACAGUCAAGAUGAUUACAACCUUCUAGCAAAUGGUAGCAUUUACAUGCAGUUUGACAAUGUAAUGUUAGCACCCGGUCGAGACUAUUGUAUGGAAUUUUUGCCUGGGAGAAAUCUCACAGCUUUUAUAUGCUCCUCUGAAUUGAGGGUGGUCACCGCAGAUACGAGGCUAGCAUUUUACACCGUGGGCCUCAUUUUAUCUGUACCAUUUUUGCUGGCAACGAUUAUAUCUUAUUCGUUAACACGGCAGCUUCGUGAUGUCUAUGGGAUGUCGCUCUGUUGCUACUCUGGAUGUUUAGCAGUUGCGUUUCUAUCCCUUGCCAUUCUUCAACUAGGCGGUCAUAAGCUUGGAGAGGGUUCAUGUAUAGCGUUGGGUUUUGUGAUACAAUUUGCGUUCGUCGCUUGUUUCUUUUGGCUUAACACAAUGUCGAUUGAAAUGUGGCAGCUGGUGAAGCAGUAUGGUGAAAUAGGUGCUGCCAUUAGAGAAGGCAGACCUCACCAUAAUCGCACAUUCUUCUAUUAUUCGUUAUGGGGAUGGGGAUUUCCGGCGGCCCUCAUUAUCGUUACAAUUAUUCUGGAUUUGAGUCCGACUAUACCGUGGACGUAUGUAAAAAGAUCCGGCAACGAGGUACCGAACUGCUGGUUUGGAUUUGACAAAGGAGCGCUUCCGUGGUUCUACGGACCUGUGGGUCUUCUAGUGUUCUUAAAAGUGGUGCUCUUCACAAUAACUGGUUUCAAAAUCGCCAGGACUCAGCGUGAUCUGGACUUGAGACGUUUGGCUCGCAAUGAGUUGUCAGAUCGUGAAGAUCGUUGUGUUUUCAGGGAGCUGAGGCUUACCUACCUCUUAACUCUCAUCCUCUUCGUAAUAAUGGCAGUAAACUGGUCGAUGGAACUUGUCUCAAUGUUGUCUUCGAGCGAACUUUUGGCCUGGUCGAUAUUUGACCUUGUAAACGCUCUUCAGGGUAUUUUAGUUUUCGGUUUGUUUGUCUUAAGAAAACCAGCGCGAACUUUCGUUUGGCUCAGGAUAAAAAAAUUAACUGGAACCAGUCCGCGAGAAUCCAGCGCGGAUAGGAUAAACGAAAUGACAUUACUUCCGGCAACCAACAACGGCAAUGAUGACGUUAUUUUCUCACCCAGACGAAUGAAUCAGUAGAUAACACCUCGAUAUUGUUCUUACGGGUAAGUUUUUUUGAUAUAUUUUUAAUAGACGGAUGUGAGCAUGAAUAAAUUAGUCGACUGUCAAAGAUAUCUGCAAACAAUAUAAUGUUUAAUGUGAGACAGUGAUAAGAAGGUGUAAUGUGCCGUUGUAUCGUGGAUAAAUAAUUCAGUAUUCGUUAUUUUUUCUUCAUUUAUAUUUAUAUCUGCAUUAUUCAUCAACUCGAUCGUAGUGUUAUGUAGUUUUAUAACUGUAUUUAACGCGUUGUACAUAAUUUAUGCGCAUCUAUAGAUGCUAGGUAUAUACGUAUGUAUGCAUGUGUGAAUGCGUGUAGGCCGAGCUUACUCGCUUGCGAAUUUAGAGGUUGCUUGAAAAUUCUCCGAGGACAAAGUUGUAAUGGUUUUACCAUCGAGGUAUAUUUACACUAACAAUAAGUUAUAGGCUGCUGUCGUUAACGUCAAUCAAGACAAAAUACAGCGACCUAGAUUCAAUGCACGUUUAAAAUAUGUUGGAUAUACAUUUGGAGUGAAAUACACAGCGUAGAAGUGUAUGCAGAUGAACGUACCUACGUAAACCAGCCGUUAAAUCUGUGUUCAAACUAAUCAUGAACUUUGCAUACGCGAAUGCGAUAAUCGGAGAUUUCAACGCCCAUCCAAAUCGCGAGCGUUCAGGCCUAAGGGCUAAGACUGUCAUUAUAUUUUAAACUUCGUAAAUAAGUUGUGAUUUAGUCAUUUGUAAGUCAAAAGAAUCACCUAUAUUUCGUAGUCAAGUUGGCACGUUUUUUCCUAUGUGGUCAUUUUUAUCUUAGUUCAAUGGACGCAUAUGAAUAAGCGCAGGAAACCUUGGUGGUGUUCUUUGUAUAAUCACAGUAGUUUUAACACCAUUGAUGUGGUUACUCAAUGAUAAAAUCAUGAUCAUAUAGUUUUAUUGUUGUGUUUCACUCACUAUUUAUCCAUUAUUUUUGUUUACCACUGACAUAGCAAAAAAACCUUUGCUUACAAUUUUAAUAGUACUUAUUCUUAAUAGACUAGGCUUUAACAUAUUUGAAAAAAAAAAUCUAACAAUUUAGGUUGCUAUAUUUAUUAUAAUAUAUUUUAUUAAGCGGCGUUCUCUGUAUCUCCUGUUCCUAAGUAUCUUUUGAUCAAGAUUAUACAUAUGUAAGUUAUGUAUUUAAAAAUGCAUCCUGAGGAUACAGUAAAACGCUAUCUUUUUCUAAUAUUUAGGCUCGUCUUAGACGUUCCAUAUCAAUUCGAUCAAAUUUAAUGGUAAUUUUAACACUGCCUUUGGACCAUAUGAAGCAUCAAAAUUUUGCUGUAAAAUAUAAACCCACACACAUGCUCGACUUUGCUCUUACUGUAAUGAACCAUCCCAGCAAAUUUCAUGUACAGCAUUAAAAAAUAUAUACCUAUAUUUUCACAUAUCUUCAUUCAUAGUCUCGUGUGUCUGUGUGAGGUGAAAUAUUUUCAGAGGAUAUCGAAUCAAUAAAUCAAUGAUUUUGGCUCUGUGUUUACUUUGACACACAGUGUAGGUUUUUUGUGCAAAUGCAACCCCGUACCAGUUUUAAUAACAUUAUAAUGUUAUCCAAAGAGUAUUUGUGCCAUCAAUGAUAACUGUGAAGAACAGAAAGAGAAAAAUAAAAUGUUUCGCUUCCUAAUCGAAGUACUUUGAGAAACGCCUUA